CUCACGAAAGUUUCAGAACAAGGAAACUUCUUAACAGAUUUUGGUCCGAGGACCUCCAAUGAGAGGCUUUCAAUCUUGCAUUGGAAGGUACCUCCUCUCCCCAACAGUGCGUAGGAGUCUCUCUGUCCGAUGGCGGAUAUCGAGACGCCGCCGCUGCGAGCCGUAAGUGGCCACCCCCCGCAUGCAAAGCCGAAGCAAACCCGGCAUGUUGCCUUCUCGGAGGUCUCCGAGUGCUCUUCGAUCCCGGGUAACUACCCGAGGAAGUCGAGACGCUGCUGCAGGUGCAACUGUGGGUCAUGCUGCUUCGUCUGCUGCGCCUGGUCAUGCCUCGGCGUGCUUGCUGUGGUCCUUGGCAUCCUCGUCCUUGGAGUCUGGUUCGUGUCAUUCAUCAAGUCCGACCUGCCUGAGGUACGGGUCCAGAGGCUCUCCUUCCCGGGCAUGCGCUUGGCCAAUUCGUCGAAGCAGGAUACCCUGCUGGACACAGGCGUCGAGGUGAUCCUCAACGUCACCAACAAAAACGAGAAGAUUGGGAUCUCGUACAAGUCGAUGACCGCAGAAGUUUCUCUGGAGGAAAUCAGGAUAGGGCAGGCGCACGUUUCCGGGUUCUUCCAGGAGCCGAGGAACCAGACAAUGCUGAAACUUGCAACUCAAGUCACCCGCACUGUAAUCCCCAAGGAGGACGGGUCAGAUCUGCAAUCAGACUUCAAGGAAAGAGUGAUGGUUCUCGACGUGGUUUUGAACGGGACAUUAGCACUUAACUUCGGAAGGUUCAAGUUGCAGGGGCUGCCGUUCGUAAUAGGGUGCACCGACAUCAAGCAAGCUGAGGUCGAUAUCGGUUUGGAGCCCCGGUGCAGCAUUAGGGUUUUUGCCUUCAAGUGAAUGUCCCCCGUUCUCAGGUUUCCGCUACCUAUGAAUCUCGUCGUAUGUUGCGUUAUCGUUUCUCAGUUGGGUGGAGAUUCCUCAUCGCUGGCCAAAUCUAGACAACCCGUCGCGCUGUUUCCAGUACAAUCCUAAUAAAGGGCAAUUAGAGCCUGUCAAGAGGAAUGGAUUGAUUCUAUUUUCGGAACCUGAGUAUUUUUUCACUUAUGUGAUUUAAAGUAGCAUAGCUUUUUACAGAUCAAAUGAAACCUGGCCCAAAGGUGGAAUCAGGGUUUCUGAUCCUUUUGUUCUUUCCAGAUCUUCGUGUUUGUAGAUAUCAAGAACAAAGGCUAACAUAAACUCCGCCCUCAA